GUUACACUACAUUUCAAAAUAGAAAAAGUUUCAAUUUAUAAGAUGGUUUGAAUUUCAAAUUUUGCAAGUGUUUUGCAAUAAUCCUUCUUUCUUUCUAGCUCAGUCAGUAAAGUAAGAUAGCAUUAUACUAAAGAUUGAAGGACAUUCUGUUUCUAUAUUUAUAUUCAAAAUAAUUUGAGAAACAGAAACUUUAUAAAUUAUAUCUCUAAGUGUGUACUAGUCAUGGACAACAUCAAUAAAUCUGAUGGCAGAGUAUCUUUCGAUCCUGGUUGGAACGAUCCACCAACUCUCACAUACAACGCGCAACAGACGACACCAAAUAAACCUCGAUUAAACAAAAGAGUUGCUUUUCCAUUAUCAAAUAAUGCCGCUAAUUUGCCUCCAGCUCCUAUGAAAUUACCUCCAAUGCUAUCAGCAUUACCUCCUACUCCAAUAUUGAUACCUCCUGUACAAAAACCUAUAUAUGGCAUUACAGAACAAAAUAUGCAGGUUGAUAGUGAAAAAACCUUAAAUAAUGUUAAAGAAACAUUGUUAGAUAUUUUAAAAAACAGUACUGAAUUGGGAACUAAAGUAGAGAGUAUAAGAAAGAAAAUAUGUGCCAUGGAAGAUAUGUGGACAAAUGGAAAAAUAAAUGCACAGGUGCAGUUAAAAAUGCAGGAACUAACAAAAGCCCUAAAGGAUGACAACCCUACCAAAGCUGAUGAGAUCCACAAAGCGUUGAUGGUAGACCAUGUCAGUACAGUUGGUACUUGGAUGCCAGGUGUGAAACAACUUAUCUAUCACUGCAUAGCUCGAACGGAAUUAUUAGCAAUAGAUAAAGAAUAACUAUUAUAAGCUUAAAUGAUGUUGAAAUAUAUUUUUAUUUAUAACUACCUUUCAUAACAUAAUAUUGUGUGUAUUUUCAUCAAUAGAAUAAUAAAAAAAUAAUAUAUCCUUACAAAGCUGCUGUCUGUAUGUAGACAAUUCCAGAAUAACAAUGUUUACUUAUUCAAUUUAUUUAUUUUCAUUUGUAAAUAAUAAACGUCUAUAGCCAACAGUAUUUUGUGUC